AUGCAACAAGUGGAAGCAUGUGUAGAAGCGGCGCUGCGAUGCGCGUUGACAGAAGGGCCUGGCGACGGCGUCGUGGGAUAUCUAGUGGCGCUGGUCAUGGAAGAGUUUACGGAGGCACAAGCUAUAGAAGCGAAGCGCAAGUCGAAGAAACGCGAAGUAACUACAUUCGAAUUGCUGGCGAGAGUGGUUGAAGACACGCUGUUGGGGUCCGAGGCGGAACUUGAGUUGAAAUCCAACGAUAUCGCGACAGUCAUCGAACUUGCGGUGGCGCAUUUGCAUGCCAGGUUUCAUCCCUCUUCAGCAAAGGAGGACGAACCGGACAACAUGGGGUUUAUCGCUGGCGCAGCGUGCGUGGCCAUUCUAGCCGAGGACGACUCGUGGCAUGAAGCAGAUGUGGUGUCGUUCGAUGCGGCGACGCGGUCUGUGGAAGUACGAUUCGUAGAAUUUGGCAACGUCCAGUGGGUGGACUUGACGUCGGUGGUGCUGGCUGACAACGUCCUGAAUGAUGUCGGCGGCGACGAAAGGUGUGCGAUGUGCGAACGCCCCGUCCAUCUCACGGAACACCACUUGAUACCUCGGCAAAUUCACGCACGGUAUCUCAAGCGCGGGUACACGAGAGACUUUUUGAACCGUUGCAUCAGGAUCUGCCGGAGCUGCCACAGCAAAAUCCACAGCACGAUCGACAAUCGAACGCUCGCCGAAGACUUCAACACGCUCGAGAAGCUCCUGGCUCAUGACAGCAUCAGCAAGUACGUCGUGUACGCACGGAAGCAAAAGGCCCGCAACAAGCCGAGGAAACAGUGAGAGCGUCGAGUUCACAGGGGAGCUGUGGUGGCAUGGCGCUCGAACGACCACAUCCGUUCUUUCUCAAACUCAAGCCGGCCCAGAUCUUGACCGAGUUGUACCUGGUCUGUGUACCUGCUCCCGUUCGAAGAAUUUGACGAGCGCGAGAACCGACGAGAUAAUGGCAUUAAGAUUACGCGUGUUGGACGAC